CCUGAGCCAAUUCUGCCAACUCGACAGCCAAUUCGACACCCGGACAGGCUGAUUCGACACCCGGACAGACUGAUUCGACACCCGGACGGGCCAAUUCGACACCCGGACAGCCCAAUUCAGGCCCAGCACAGCGCAAUUCCGAGGCUCCACAGCGCAAUUCUAGAACCUCCGGCGAGCCUGCCAGAGCGAUUCAAGACCCCGACGGACCAAUUUUUAUGUCAGGAAUAA